UUAGUACCUCUCCAAAGAUUCUGAGGCUGGGUUUCAGACGGAGGGAGUCCGCCAGAGACAGAAGGGAAGAAAAUCAAGAAAAAUGUCCUCCAAUAAAGAUGAUGCCGGCUGGAAGAAGUUCGUGUGGAAUUCAGAGAAGGGGGAGCUGCUGGGUCGGACCGGGGGAAGUUGGUUCAAAAUUACUCUCUUCUACGUCAUUUUCUACGGCUGCCUGGCAGGGGUCUUCAUUGGCACCAUCCAGGCCAUGCUGCAGACCCUGAGUCUGUACAAGCCCACCUGGCAGGACAGAGUUGCACCCCCUGGCCUUACACACACCCCACAUGACAAAGCUGAGGUGUUCUUCAACAUGAAGGAGAUGGAGACAUACCUCCCUUACGUCAAGGUUCUGAGGGACUUCCUGAGCCAAUAUGAUGAUGAGAAACAGAUUGACAACAUGCAGUUUGAGGAUUGUGGAGAUCAACCUGGAGAGUACAAGAACCGAGGCGACCUGGAGAGUGACAUGGGUGUCAGGAAGGCUUGCCGGUUCUCCAAGACCCUGCUGGGUCCCUGCUCCGGCCUUGAAGACCCAGAUUACGGCUUCAAGCAGGGCAAGCCAUGUCUGAUUGUGAAGCUUAACAGGAUUGUCAACUUCCGUCCCAAGCCUCCUUACUCCAAUGACAGCAUUCCUGAAGAAGCUCAGCACAAAGUCCAGGCCAAUGUAAUCCCUCUCUAUUGCACUAACAAGAAAGAGGAAGAUGCUGGUAAAAUCGGAGAGAUCAAGUACUACGGAAUAGGCGAGGGGUUCCCUCUGCAGUAUUAUCCCUACUACGGCAAGCGGCUGCACCCCCACUACCUGCAGCCGCUUGUGGCGCUGCAGUUCACCAACUUGACCAUGAACACUGAACUGCGCAUCGAGUGCAAGGUGUUUGGAGAAAACAUCUACUACAACGAGAAGGACCGCUAUCAGGGACGCUUUGAUAUCAAGAUCCAGGUUAACUCGUGACCAUCAGGACUAUAGCAUCCCCCCACCCCCUCCCCCUGCCCCUAAAUGGUAACGCACACAUGAAGGGAUGGGUUGAGACAAUCAUGACUAGUCUUAAACCAAUGAAAGGAAAUGCUUGUUGGGGAUAUUGUGUAAUCAGCCUUCAUCACCAGCUUCUGCUCCUCUUUCUAGCCUUAGACUUAAAUUUAGAGAAAGAUUUAGCAAUAGGGCCAAUAAAGAUGCAGUUAUUAGAAUGUAAAUGUGUUUUCCACAAGGCAUGGGACUUCACUCAUUACUGACUGUAGAGUGUAAUUCCAUCUGUCUGUCCCCUCCAAAUACGAUUGCCUUGUGGUGGUUUUGGAGUGAGCAGGACUUGCAGAAUCUGGUCCCUCUAAAAUGUACCUUCUUCCUCCUUUCUUCCAUGCCUCUGCAAGCUUUAGCAGUUCUUGGUGUGUCUGAAACCAAAGCACACUUCCAUUAACUCGAUGAUUGAAAUGGUUGGUUCACUCUUCUGAUCUAUGUAAGGAAAGCUGCACUCCAGGGAGCUUCUUUCUUCUUUGUGUCUUUUACUGCCGAUCAUGCCAUUGUGUUGAAUUUCUUAACUUGUGACUGGGUUUUACUGCUGGGUUUCAUACCUUUUUACUCUUGUUUUUUUUGCCUUGAAUGUAGACUUGUGUACAGCCUGUUAGACACUUUAGCCUGCUGCUGGGGCAAUGGUGCUGACUUUGUUUUUAACACUUCCUCUCGUUUGUGUUCUGCUGGUUUUUAACCACAGCAUUGUGGUGUAGCUGAAUGUGUGAGCUAUUUAAACAAGGUGGAAGAAUUUUAUAUUUAUUUUGUUUCUUUGCAGAAUAUUUUAAAUGUAUAAAGGCAAUACAAAGUGAGUUGAAGAAGCAAGGAAGUACUGAUUUCUAGAAGGUCAUCAUGUUAAGUACUAAAGUCCAUCUCUUGCCUUGCAGCCUUUUAGUGGUUCACUUCUGAUACGUCGAAUAGCCAUGGAUGUAGUUGGAAGUAGACUGAACUAGCUGCAGGCAGGUAGAACUCAAUCCGUUUCAGAUAAGCUAACUCUGCCUAAUGCUGGUACCCUAAAUAUUCCACAGGAUCUCAUGUUGAUGUAAAAAUGCUUAACCUGAUGUUUAGCAAGCCAUUUAUCAGUUCACCCACCUUUAUUUCAUCAGAGAUGAAGACAAAUAAAGUAUAUUGAACCUU